AAAGAAGCAAAGGGAGGGAAGAGACUGGCAGACUGGGUGUCUCUGUGGUGACUGGAAAGUAUAUGAGACUGGAGAUAGUGACAAUAGCUACUGUUGCCUGAGGUUACAGAUAGAGUUGUGAUAGAGUUGUGCUAAAACCCAUUCUUUCAGCAUGAAGGAGCAAAGUCAUUGCAGCAGAAAAGUUCUUGCAGCCUGGUGCUUGGUGCUUAUGGUGCUCACCCAACAGGUAGCUUCCAGUCCUAUCCCAGUGAUGGAGGCUGCCUCAGGCUCUGUGCAGGGAGUUCAGAGGUUACUUAGGAGGAUGACCCGUAUGACGCCCCUUUGGAGAACCGUGGGUACUAAACCCCAUGGGGCAUACUGUCAGAAUAACUACGAGUGUUCCACGGGAAUCUGCAGGAAAGGACACUGCUCCUUUAGCCAGCCUAUAAAUUCCUAAGAGUGGAAAGGCUUACUUCUUCUCCAGCCCAAAUAUCACUGACCCCUGGACCCGUGCAUGAAAUGGAUAGGAAAAAAAAGGCUUUGUGGAAGGAAAAGUAAUGUGCAAUUUAAUGUCAGAAAUUUGGCAAGCCAAAGAGUAAAAUUGGUUAUGUGUCUUUAAGGUAAACGUUUUUAGAUGGGCAACUAACCGGCUUAAAUCAUAAUCGCACAAAUUCAUAUAUGCAUGAAUUCAUAAUACUUAAACCAUUUUUAUUUCCAGUUUAACAACAUAAACCUCAUAACCUACAGUACACUACAUGUAUACUAUUGUGCUAUUAUUAUUCUUUUUUUUAUUUAAUAUUCCAUUUUAUCACAUACUGUGCAUAUAUCAGAUUUGGGGUGGUGCUAGUGAUGGUAUGAUGGAUAAAAUGCAGUUGGUGCUGGUUGUCAUGUAUUGAGCCUUGAACUAGUCUGUUUCCAGAAGACCAGCUCUUGGUAUUAGAUCACGUAAUGCCUGGAUGCUGAGCAAGUAGAGCUGGCAGCAGUUCGCACGUACAGCCUGCGCAGACCUUCAACCCGAGUGUCAUUGAACUACAGAUAUCCCUCAACAGAAAGGCAGAGAAAGUGUGAUUAACAGUGCAAAGAUUAAAGGCCUCAGUUGACUGAAUGAAGUAUUGCUGCACAGAUUACAUCUCUGUUUCCUUUUAGUGCUUUUUUUUUUUUUUUUUUUUUUUUUUUUUUUUUUUAAAACACUUUCUGGCUUUUUAUUUAAGUAAGUGCUGAUACAGACCUUAUAUUAGUCAUACAUCUCACAUAACACUGUCAGACGACUUCUGCUGGAUAAUCUAUUUAUUAUAUUUGAUUAUUUUGUAUGCUUUUGAGUGAAUGAAACCAUUACAUUAAAUGUGUAGUGACAUCAUUACUGUAUGUAUGAGUGUACUUAGUGUGUAGUUGCUGCAUAUGAUGUUUUAAUGAAGCAAUAUCCACUAAAUAAAACGAUUUUAUUAUAAAACA